AACUUGUGGGGUGAACACUGUAAUUUUCCCAAUUUUAAUAUGUACAAAAAAAAAUUAAAAAUUAAAAAAAAACAAUAAUAAUUUUACCCCUUUUCCGAGGCGACAACGGCUCGCCGGAGUAUCGCACUGCAAAUCGUCUCCUCCUUGUACAUGCAGUCACCGAGGCCAAUUCUCAGUAUGAAAAGACCAAAAACGCCCUCAGCUCCUCCUCCAUCAACCCCUCCGACGCCGCAGCACCGCCAAUCCUUCACCAAACUCAUCAAUCCCAUUUCCAGCAAACGCCGUAACAUUUUACAAAAUCCACAACCACUCCCCUCCGCCGCCGCCGCCAUCGAAUGGAAACCCCUCAAAAUCAAUAAGUCCGAGCUCUACUUGCCGCUCACUUUCCCCACCGGCCAAACCUUCCGGUGGAGGAAUACCGGCCCGUUGCAGUACACCGGCCCCAUCGGCCCCCAUCUCGUAUCCCUCAAACAACUCGAGGGCGACGACGUGGGGUAUUUUUGUCAUUUCACGGACUCUGAUGAAACGGCAAGAAUUAAUCUUUUUGAUUUUCUGAACAUGGGUAUUUCUCUAAACGAGAUUUGGAGUGUGUUCAAGGCUUCUGAUGAGAGGUUUGCUGAGCUGGCAAUGUAUCUGGAGGGGGCUAGGGUUUUGAGGCAGGAUCCAUUGGAGUGCUUGAUUCAAUUCAUUUGCUCAUCAAAUAAUAAUAUUCAGAGGAUUACCAAAAUGGUGGAUUUUAUUUCCUCAAAGGGCAAGUUUUUGGGGAAUGUGGGAGGGUUUGAUUUUUUCGAGUUCCCGACUCUUGAUAAAUUGGCUUCGGUUUCGGAAGCCGAACUUAGAGAAGCCGGUUUCGGAUACAGGGCCAAAUAUAUUGUCGGCACUGUGGCAGCUCUGCAAUCGAAACCUGGAGGAGGAAUGGAGUGGCUUGCUUCUCUUCGUAAAUCGGAUCUUCAAGGAGCAAUCACCGGUCUUUCCACUUUGCCAGGUGUCGGUCCGAAAGUGGCUGCGUGUGUUGCUCUUUUCUCGUUAGACCAGCACCACGCCAUUCCCGUCGAUACUCACGUCUGGCAGAUUGCGACGAGGUAUCUAAUUCCUGAACUGGCGGGGACCACCUUGACACCUCGAGUAUGCAGUCGCGUGGCGGAUGCGUUUGUGAGCAAAUACGGGAAAUACGCCGGGUGGGCCCAGACUCUGCUUUUCAUUUCCGAAUUGCCUUCUCAAAAAUCCAUCUUGCCUUCGAGUUUAUGGAAUACUGUCGAGAAAAGCGAAAUUAAGCUUCAAAUUGAAGUCCACGAAAUUCAAGAAACGAAGGAAAAUCGACGCAGUAAAAAGAAAAAAAAUGACAGUUAAUUAUAUGAGAGGAAAGUUUACAUUUUUUUUGUUGUUAGAGUCGUUGCAUAGUACUUGUAAUUGUUUGUAUUGAUCACUUGCAGGAGGGGGGUUUAAGGAACGGUGAUAUUCACGGGAGCUGUCGUUUUAUUUGAAUUAAAUUGUUGCGAUUCGAUGGACUAUACAUAUAUCGUAAGUUCUACCGUCAUUUUUCGAUUUUAUGAUAUUCCAUUUGUUGUUGUU